AUGUCUGACCAGGAAAUAGAUUAUCUUGCUGACAGUGACGAAGACGUUGCUGAGGACGUUGCUGAGGACGUUGUCGAGGACGCUGCUGAGAACGCAUUCCAAUUCGACGAACCAUUGCAGUGGGAAUCUGAAGGGGCCGACGCCAAGUAUCUGGCCAAGAAGAUCAUCGAGCCGAACGGAGCUGAUCCAAACAACUUUUCCACCGUCAUUGAUUCGAAAGUGCAAGGCUGGCUUGACUCUGGGAAGUACAUCCGUCGGAACCUUCGUCGCAACUAUCUUUCUCUCGUGAGGAAGAUUCAUAUCUACUUUCAAACUGGAAACGGUCUGCCAAGUACAUUCACCCGUGCUAUUGGCAUCCUUGAUCAAGCUGGAAGACGUCCUGACGGCCUGCCUGGAUUUGUUGAGAUGCCACCAAAAAAGAAAACAGCGAAGAAGAAGACGUCACGAACCACUCCUGUCCGUGGAGGAGGUGACGAGGAACCUACUGCGGCUGCUACCACUGCUGCCAAUGCUGCGGCCACGGCCACGGAUGCCAUGGGCGACGUGUUGAUGAGUCUCCAGAACAUCAAUUUGGAUCCACGCCAGCAUAUUGGCGCCCCAACCAUCAUUGUCAAAAUCUUCCAGAGUGAUGAUCCCGACUCACCCUUUCGUCGCUUGCGUCGCCGAGUCAGCAUCCUAGCAAUUGCCAUGUCUGGCUGCAAGCCAGAAGACAUCAAGAUUGCCCAAAAGCAGGUCCCUGGUGGUACUAGGAUUGCUGUUCGCUGGAGAUUGCCCAACAAAAUGUGCAUGGCAGACUUCCUACUUGGGUCCAUUGCUGCGGAGGAUCCAGAUAUGGCGGAUGCUGUGGAGCCAGAGCUCCAGAAGCUGGCUGGCCAGUGGCAGCUGUAUGAAUUUGAUUUGGGCAUGCAGUUGGAAGGUUUCUUCCGAAUUGGCCCUAGUCUUCAGCCCGCUGGUAUGCAUGAGCAGCACAGACGCUGGAACACACCACCUGACAGGAGCAGGGGAGGGGCCAUUUUCCAGGCCUUCUGCACCAUGGUGACUGCAUUUGAGGUUGCCCUAGACAAUGGUGACAACCGAUACGAAGAGUAUGAUGACUACGGCCUUGUCAACAUGACGGAGGACCAUGCCAACUACUCGAACGACAUGAGGCGCCGCAACAGCUACUUCAACCAACCGCCGGCCGCCGCCCCGGCUGCUUACAGGACACCUCCACGUCAGCAGCGUCCAACUUUCACGCGCACACCACAAACACCACAAACAGCGCCUCGUCCUCGGACCACACCGCGCAGCAACACAAGUCACCAUGGCAGCCACAGUGCACCCAGGCCCCGCCAGCAGCAUCGUCAACAGCAACAGCCACGCAAUGAGGACUAUCGAAUGGGCCGUGAUCGCGGGUGGAGCAAAGAAGAAGAGCGUCGCCGCAACGAGGACUAUGCAGAUUACUUGACCAGCAACAGGACUCAGACGGCUGGUGCCAAGAGCCGCCGUCCAGCCGGAGAAGUGGAGAUGUCGGAACGCAAGCCAAGGGGCAAUCGAUUGAAGCCACCUGCCCCACCGACCAUGAAGAAGAAGACACCGACAAGGCCACCACCACCAAAACCAGUGCCACCACCACCACCGAAAGUGUCACCGAAAGUGUCAACCGUGCCGGAGCAAGAGGCCAAGGCUGAUGAGAUGGAGGUGGAUGGUCUUCCCAAGACAUCCUUCGAGGAAGAGAACUCUGGUCGAUACUACAACAAGAAGCCAUUCGGUGGCAUGGAUGUCUCCAAUUCCACUCCUCCUCAUAGCAAUCGACGCAGCCCAAAGAGGUCGCAUGAGGAUAUCAUGUUCUCUGAGCAGAAUGAAUAUGAACCACCGGAGAAGAAGGUUUCCUUUGAAGAGGAGGAUGAAUCGAAUAAGGUAUCUCCGGACGAUGACGAUGAUGGUGGAUACUACGAUUAUGGCGACAACUAUGGUAGCGACAGCACGGAGACUGAAUCAGAUGAUGACCGAUCAAAGGAGGAAGUGGAAUACAGCAAUUGGCUUCGCACGCGAAACGAUUACAACUAA